CUAUAAUUCUUAUAAAUACAUCUCCUUUAUCACAACCUUACAUAUUUUUCAAAGCUUCUUCUUCUUCUUCUUAUAUUAUAUGUUAUAACAUCUUUUGCCCAAUAACCAAUCUACUUAGCCAUGGAUUGGUCCUCAUGGCUGUCCAAAACCGGCCUCGAACCUCAUCUAGUCCACAAAUAUAGCCUCUCUUUCGCCCAAAACGAACUUCAGUACGAAGACAUAGCUUCCCUAAACCAUGAGUGUCUUCAAAGCAUGGGAAUAGCCGUGGCCAAACAUAGGUUAGAGAUUCUCAAGUUAGCCAAGAAGGAAAGUAGUAAUGUGGCCAACCCCAGAUCCAUUUCAAGGCUAUUUGUGGCCAUAAGCAAGACCAAGAAGUCGUUUAGUAAGUAUUUUAGUCGUUUGGUGGUUCAAGACGUCAUGUCGUCUAAGGAUUCGCCUGAGCAAGUCCGGUACCACCACCACCACCACUACCAGUACCAAGAGCACUUGAGAGGAGCCUUUCUGAGAAAGCAAAGCAGUGAUGAGAUGGUCAGAGAUGACAGGCCUGCCCUCAAGAAGGCCUUAGCUCUUUCUGGGCCCAUUGAUUUGAGGGUCCAUGAUAGGUUGAUGGCCCAUAAUACUACUAAGAGCUUGAAGUUAUCUGGGCCUUUAGAUGGUAAGCUUAAUGAGAGGUUUAUGUACCCAAAUAAAAGCCCAAGGUUGACGACUGGGUCGCUUGAUGGGAAAAUUCUUGGCACGGAGAGGUUGAUGAUUACGACAACUAGGAGCCCAAGAUUGUCUGGGCCUUUGGAUGGAAUGUGCCAAGAUAGGUUACUGGUCACAAGUAAAAGCCCAAAGAUAUCUGGGCCGUUGGAUGGCAGAGCUCUAAGCCCAAAGUUCUGUAGCCCAUACGAGAAGGAAAAGGAGGAAGUUGAGUAUGAUGAACAUUCACUUUGGCCAGCACUGUUCCAGGACAUGAAACCUACUUAGAAAGAAUUUUUUCUGGUUUCUUUUCAAAUAGUGGGUUUGAGUUGGAAUUAAAAUUAUGUAUAACUUUCAGAUAUAUAUAUAUAUAUAUUUCCCCAUAGAUAUAUAUAUAUAAUUUACAGUGCCACUAGUGUUGACCUCUUACUGCAUAUAUGGUCAUUUUUAGUGCAUUUAAAAUGUCACGGUUUAUCUAUGUAUGAAUAACUUUCCCUUGUAUUUAUGUCAUGGUUUCUAAUGUCAUGGUAUCAUUAGAAGUUUCUUGAUACAUAUAUACGUACAAAUGUAUGCAUGUAUUUAUGUA